AUGAAUGUGAUUAGAAAGGUCAAUGUUAACAUCUCAUUGGUGGAUCUUUUCACCAAUUUCCCGAGAUUCUCCAAGUUCUUCAAAGACAUGAUGGCGAACAAGGAGAAACUUCGGGAUGAGGGGAUUGUGGCAUUGAGCACGAAUUGCUCACAGCUGAUAUCUGGAAUCAUGCCGACGAAGAGAAGAGAUCCAGGAGGUUGCAUCAUACCAUGUGAAAUUGGUAACACGAUUUUCACAAAGUGUUUAUUGGACCAAGGUUCAGGGAUCUCACUGAUGGCAUUGAAAACUGCUCGUGCCAUUGGUUUGGAGGAAAGAAUGGAGCCUAUCGACAUCGCUCUACAAUUGGCUGACCAUUCCAUAGUGAAGCCCACUGGAAUUGUUGAGGAUGUCUUGGUUAAAAUCGAUAAGUUCAUCAUUCCGGUUGAUUUUAUUGUGCUCGACAUGCCUGAAGAUAAAGAAGUGCCAAUUUUAUUUGGUAGACCAUUUCUAGCAAUGGGAGAUGUAUUGCUUGGAGCAAAGGAUAACUCUGUUACAUUCAGAAUUAAUGGUGAGCAACUGACCAUCAAUGUUGAGAAGGCCUAUGUUGGUGGUGAAAGUGGUAAGGAAGCAAGAGAGGUGGUCACACUAGAGAGUCUGAAAGUGUAG